GUAGCCUGGUGGCCAAUGGAGAUCCUCCUCCUCCACAGGCUGUUUUUACCUGGUUCUUCCUGGCUUGUCAGCGGUGAGACCAACUGCGAAAGCAAAAUAUGCGACACUCACCUGACCUCCUUCGAGCCAGAGGCGUUAGGCAAUUUAGUGGAGGGCCUGGAGUUCCACAAAUUUUACUUUGAUAAUGUACUGGGAAAAAACUGUAAAGCAGUCAACACAAUGAUCUUAAAUCCUCAUGUGCAUCUGCUUGGAGAUGAUGCUGCCUGCAUCGCAUAUGUCCGACUCACCCAGUAUAUGGAUAAACAGGGUCUUGCCCACACACAACAGAGUGAGGAGACGAGAGUUUGGCAACGCCGUGAUCAUAAGUGGCAAUGUAUGCACUUUCAUCGCUCUGGGUCACCUUCCGCCCCUUUUGCGUUGGGCACUAAGUAAAUCCUGAGGAUAAUAAAGGGUACUGGAUACCCUAGAGAGGAAUGGAGUAAAUGUAUGGUUGUUAGAUCAGCCUCUGUGGAAUGUGUGGGUUGGAAACAUGAAAAAUUUCCCUCACCACUGUUCAGGCCUCAACAUAGCCAAUCAUUUUUAAAGGACCAAAGUGCUUAGAGACCUGAAGUGGCUUUGUAUUGGUGGGAAGAACUGUGUCAAGAUGAACCAAAAAGUGUGUUCUAACCCCAUAUGUUCUGCAGAUUGUCUACCUUAUUCCUAGAAUUCUAGGUGCAGGUUAGCAUUUGAUAUGCCAGAUUCAUGUUGGAUUUCUUGAUGGUUGCCUAUAUUUUGAGGAUUGAAUGUUCCCAUUGCUACCAAGUAUAUUAAUAGAUGUGUGGCAAAAUUUUAGAUUUAUAACAAACUCUCUUUGUUGGACAAUUCUUCAGUGAUAUGUGCACAAUUUAUGGCUCCUGAAGUUCUCAGAUGCUAGAUAGAAAUUAAUAUGUUAUUGAAAAUACUGUAGGAAUGCAUUUCUUCUAAGCAUCUUACAUUCGCCUAAUAUACAGAAUCGUUUUACAUAAGCCACAUCCAUUUCUAAUAGUUAGUUCUAUUAACUAUAAAGAGAAUAAAGAAUUAACUGUGGAUAAUAUUCUUACUGAAAAGUAUUGCCAUUACUAAGCAUCAGACUGAGUGGAUCAGUCUUGAAGCUUGAUCAUCUUCUCAUCCUGUGUUGUUAACAACUGCUUCAGUCAUCUAGUGCUGCAGUAUAUGUUGGCUAAAUCAUCAAAAUCCGUAUGUUUGAAAUUAAUGGACAUAAUUUAAAAUACAUUCAUAUAUGUACAGUAUAUGAUUAUAUUUGUGUGUGUGUGUGUGUAUGUGAGUAUUUUGAGUGUAUGUACAUAC